CGCUUUGGGUAAUAAAAUUAAAAAGUUACUGUUAAACGCAUUUCAAAACGAUAUAUUUUAUUACUAAGACAAAGAUAAGAUUUUGUUAAAGAUUGUCAACUGUGGGAAACAGAUUGAGUUUGAGCUAUGGCGAAGCGCCAUUUGACACAGUCGUUUUGUGUUGUAUUAUUCUUACUUGUAUCAAAUGGUUUUGGCGAGAAGACGACAACAGAAGCCACAGAUGAAACAACGAAAUCACAAGAAGUGAAUAAAGAUGAUUCGUCACAAGAUAAAACAUCGAAACAUCAACUUAUUCCUGGCUUUGGCGGAGGACAUUUUGGCGGGGGUCAUUUUGAUGGCGGGCAUUUUGACGGGGGUCAUUUUGGCCAUCACGAACAUUAUUGGGGGGCCGGCGGGGACCAUACCGCCGAAAUUGGCCCACAUACUCCACCUAUAAAUAUCGGCCCUCACGCGCCGCCCGUCCAUAUUGGUCCGCACGUACCAGCGGUUCAUCUCGGACCCAGAGUUCCGACCAUUCAUGUGGGGACUCACGCCCCAUUGUUACAUGUCCGACCCCACACACCGUUUGUUCACAUGGCGCCCCCAGUACCGAUGGUGAACGCGUUUUCUCCCGGUCACCCCGUGCACGUCAUGUCCCCAUCUACCGUGUAUCAUCAACCACCAAUUGUCUAUCAUCAUCCCCAUGUUGUCCCUCAUCACCACGACAUUGACGCGCACGGCGCCUAUCCUGUGGCCAUGCCCUAUGGUGGUGGUGGUUUUGGGGGCUUUGGCGGAGGCUUUGGUGGGGGCUUUGGAGGUGGCUUUGGAGGUGGCUUUGGGGGAGGGUUCCCAGGCUACGCUGCCGCCGGGGCUGGCUUCGGUGGACCCGGUUUUGGAGCAGGAUUUGGACGCUCUAUAAUACCCAUGAUUCCCUUCACCUCUCCAUUUACCGAUGAUGAUGAGGAUGACAAUGAUGAUGACGGAAACGACAAAGACGUCGAAACUGACGACAAAAAUGACGAUGACGACAGCAGUGAAGAAGAUGACGAGAAAAAUGUCGAAAAGAAAAAUACUGAAUCCAAGAAGGAAAAACGUAGCGCGAAACAUGAGCUUCAUAAACGACAAUUUGGAGGCUGGCACCCUUACUCACAUAUGGUAAAUGUGGGUCCCCACACCCCUCCUAUUCAUGUCGGACCACAUUACCCCCCAGUUCAUAUCGGACCACAUGUUCCCGCUGUCCAUAUCGGACCUCACGUGCCAGUCAUCAACGUACCAUCCCAUGUUCCUGCCAUUCAUGUACGACCACGGGUUCCAGCAGUACACCUCGGACCUCCGGUACCGAUCGUGAACGCCGGUAAUCAUUUCCCGGCCGUACAUAUCACUUCUCCACCUACGAUAUACCACAGACCUCCCAUCGUAGUCCAUCAGCCUCAUAUUGUACAUGGCCCAGUUCCAGUACCUGGAGGUAAGGUGGAAUUCAUUAUGCAGGCGUAAUUACCUUCUGACCAAUAGUCUGAUUUGUACCAGAGAUGAUGACGAAAUUAGACUCGUCCAGAAGUGUCACCAUCUCUGGACGAAUUCGUUUGGACGAAUUCGUUUAUGUAUAAAUGGAGACCGCGCUAUUCUAGCUGUUCGGAUACUUCGUCUAGUUUUUCUGGUAUAAAUCAGUGAUCGGUUGUCCGAAGCACGAUAACCCUGGGUUAAAAUUUUGCUGGCUGUUUUCAUUUCUGUGCUUCUGCAUGUCAUUUCAAAACUUUAGAAAAUAACACGUCCAUUGAUUCAGACGAGAUUUCUGGAAAAAUAUUUCCAAUUUUCUAAACAAUCUUUUGGAAAGUUUGAUUGGACAUUUUUUGUUAACCCAGGAACUAACCUAAUUGUAUUUAUUGAAUUAUAUUUCUUGCAUCGUUUUAUAACAAAACGUGGACUAAUCUUUGAUAUUUUUCAUUUCUAAUGCCAGGAGGUAUGGGUGCGCCACCACCAGAAGCAGGACUGCUGCAUCCUGAGGUUGGUCCAGCAUUUGGUGGUCCAGCAGUUGGUGGUCCAGCAUUUGGUGGUCCAGCAUUCGCAGGACCUGUUGGUCCAUCCCCCGUAGUAGCUGGUCCCGGACCCGUAGGACCUGCACCGUUUGCUGUUCCUGGUCCGUUACCUGGUCCCGGCCUUGGUCCAUUAUCUGGCCCUGGUCUUGGUCCAUUAUCUGGUCCUGGCCUUGGUGCCUUACCUGGUCCUGGCCUUGGUGCCUUACCUGGUCCCGGUCCGUUAGCUGGUCCAGGUCCAUUACCUGGUCCAUUAGUUGGGCCAGGUCCACUAGCUGGUCCUGGUCCGUUAGCUGGUCCCGGUCCAUUAGCAGGUCCAUUGCCUGGCCCGUUCCCCAUGGGCGCUCCUAUGGCGAAGAGAUCAAACAUACAAACACCGUCAACUGGUAAGUAAGUGUGAUGAAUGUAUUAAGCCAUAAACAUCUACCAUAGUACGAAUGAUUCGAGUAUGACCACAACACAACGAGCAAGCAGUCUUUUAAUAGUUAACUCUUUUAGUUUGCAAAAAUAAUCCCUGAAGUGGAGACAUUUAUUCGUAAUGCUUUACACGAAUUUCAACAUUUACAUGCAAGUAUAAAAAUUGGGCAAACUCUGUUGUGACUAUAUCGAAAACACGAAUAACGAUUAUAAACAAUUCAAUACUUUGUUACGCAUAUUUUAAUUCUUGAUUUGAAGUUCGCUUAUCUUACUUGUAAAUAACGUGUCGUGUUUGUGUUCAAAUGAGGCCAAACAGCUGCUGUGUAUAUCUUUAUUAAAGGUAUUAAGUAAAAAAGUUUAAGAGUAAGACAUAUAUGUCUUAAACUUUUUUAACUAGAUAUCUUUUAAUAAAGAUAUACACUGUUGGUAGCUGUUGGCCUCAUUUGAACACAAACGCGACACGUUAUUACAACGCUACUGAAGGACAACCUCAUACUUUUUACAUGUAAAUGUUGGCCUAGAUGUAAUAUUUUAAAUCCGAGUAUGAGGACUGGACUAGAUUUCAAGUCCGCGUAAUAGACCUUUCCCCUUUUAAGUGAAAUUUUGGUCUAGACAAGUCUGGACAAAAAUUUCACAGCUUGAAAGAGCAUCACAAAAUUAGUAAUAUUCCGACGUUUCGUUGCGAAAUAUUGUACAAUGCGGAUAAUAUAGCCCUGCGAAGUUUGCCGUUUUUCAGUCAUUUUAGAUUACAAACGGGAAAUUGAUAAUCCGAGAUGAUCAAACUGAUUAUCAAUUUCCCAUUUGUAAUACAAAAUGACUAAAAAACGGCAAACUUCGCAAGGCUAUAUUAUCCGCAUUUUACAACAUUUCGCAACGAAACUUUGGAAUAUUACUAAUUUUGUGAUGCUCUUUCAAGCUGUGAUGAAAUUUUUUUGUCCAGGCUAGUCUAGAUCAAAAUUUCACUUAAAAGGGGAAAGGUCUAUUUGAUCAAGUCCGAGGCGAAGUCGAGGACUGGAUCAAAAUACUACUUAAAGUGAGGUGAAUUAAUUUUGAUCCAGUCCAAGAACUGAAUCAAUAUACUUCUCCAGGUAUUCAGUAUUAUAAUGUGAGCAAAAUAAAGCAAUAUGGUUGGCUAAUUCACUCAUGAAUCAUUAAUGAUUUGAGAUUAACUGUUCUUCUGUUUUUAGAUAAACGAUUUUCACUUCGUACGCUCCUAAACUCAGUACGAAGUCGUCGCCAGGCCGCAGCCAACGGUGAUAGCGUCAUUUUUGUCCAUCCUCAUGGCGGCCACAAUGGUAAACCUUCGCCCUCAGCCCCGGGUAUAGGCGCUGCUGGAGGUCGUUCCAGUUCUCCACUCGAUGGCACAGCCAACCCGGAGCUGGAAAACCUCAAGGGUGAGCCAGGCACGUCCGCGUUUGGAGACUUGGGAGCUGGAAUGGGAGGCCCUGGGUUAGGAGGUGCUGGAGAACGGAGUUUGUCCCCCCUUGGUAUGGCACCCCCCGGAUUAGGAGGUGGACCAGGU